GAGAGAUGAAUCCUUUCUGUAAUCCUCUAGACACACGCUCGGUCUGGCUGCCUACUAGCUCUGAGAGAGAGAGAGGGAGAGUCAGGUGGAGGAUGAAAACAGAGUAACCAAGUGAGAAGGACAAAAAGAUGAGGUGAGGAAAAGAAAAGAGCAGCCUCUUGAGAGAGAGAGAGAGAGGCAGUGAGGUUGGCGGAGGAGAGGAGAAACCAUCAAACGACUCGCACGACUUCAAGUGGAGGGAGCAGAAGCAGUGGAGACAGUGGUGGAGGGAGCAGGAGCGGAGGAGACGGUGGCGGAGGGAGCAGGAGUUGUGAUGCUUCUCUCGAGCGCUGCCUAAACUACAACCAGCAAAGAGGGAGGGACUUACUCAAGCUUGGAUGAGAGGAGAAGAAAAUGAAGAGGAUGGGCGAGAUAAGCAUAUCUCGUUUAAUUCAGGCUCACACGUGCGUAUUGACAUGACCCCGGUUUGGUGUGACAAGCUGCUCUUAAUGAGUGUGAGGAGGCAGAGUGUCCAUGUUUGGGAGAUGGAUGCACGCUGGCACUAAUUGUGGCUGCUUCUUGAAAGUCUUCAGGAGACGCGCACUGGUCUGAGUGUGUGCGUGUGCGACUGGACGCACACGGUUGCACUCCCAGGAAAGUGUGAAGAGCCUUGUGGGCAGCAGAUUCACAACACCACCUUAAGCUCAGUUGCGCCUUCACCCUCAAGUGGACCUCGAACACCAACACCGGUGUCUUAUCGAAAGGUCGGGGGGGUCAGCCUUAUCGUCCAUUUCCCCGGUGGAUGCCUCCAAACUGCAGCCAUGGGAGAAUGGACCAUCCUGGAGCGCCUCUUGGAGGCCGCCGUGCAGCAGCACUCUACUAUGAUAGGAAGGAUUCUGCUGACGGUGGUUGUGAUCUUUCGUAUCCUGAUCGUGGCUAUUGUAGGCGAGACAGUGUAUGAGGACGAGCAGACCAUGUUCAUCUGCAACACCCUGCAGCCGGGCUGCAACCAGGCAUGCUAUGACAAGGCCUUUCCUAUUUCGCACAUCCGCUACUGGGUAUUCCAGAUCAUACUGGUGUGCACGCCCAGCCUCUGCUUCAUUACUUACUCCGUCCACCAGUCGGCCAAACAGCGAGACAGACGCUACUCCUUUCUCUAUCCCAUAAUGGAGCGGGACUACGGGGGAAGGGACGGGGCACGAAAGCUGCGCAACAUUAAUGGAAUUUUAGUUCAGCAUGGCGGCGACGGCGGCGGCGGGAAGGAAGAACCUGACUGCUUAGAAGUAAAGGAGAUCCCCAACGCCCCACGAGGCCUCACGCACGGGAAGAGCUCCAAAGUACGUCGACAAGAAGGGAUCUCACGUUUUUACAUCAUUCAAGUGGUGUUCCGAAACGCCCUCGAGAUUGGAUUUUUGGCGGGUCAAUACUUCCUCUAUGGCUUUAGCGUGCCUGGGAUUUUCGAAUGUGACCGCUACCCAUGCCUGAAGGAGGUGGAGUGUUAUGUCUCGCGUCCCACGGAAAAAACUGUAUUCCUGGUAUUCAUGUUUGCGGUGAGCGGUAUUUGCGUGGUGCUCAACCUGGCCGAGCUCAACCAUCUGGGUUGGCGCAAGAUUAAAGCGGCCAUUAGGGGUGUCCAGGCCCGCAGGAAAUCCAUUUGUGAGAUCAGGAAGAAAGACAUGGCGCAUCUGUCCCAACCACCCAACCUGGGGCGCACACAGUCCAGUGAGUCAGCCUACGUCUGAUGAUGAAGAGUAGAGGAAGAGGAGUGGAGCGAAUGUGUGAGUGCGAGAAUGAAGUAAUUAUGAUUUUAGUGCAAUGAAGCUACCGCAGGGGUCAACCCAAAUGAUUUACUCUCUGUGAUGAUGGAAUGACAACCAAGUGCCCGUCUUGGUCACGUAGAGCGUCAGGACAGAAAUCUAAGACUCAAAAAGACGCAUAAAGACAUGAUGAACACAUUUUAAUCUCAUUUUCGAGAGCUAUUCUAACUGCCGUUUUUUACUACAAACUCCUCAGCCCCCUUGUCUUUUAACUGGGAGAGACAAAUCCUCGCAGGGCUGGACAGGGAACAACUAAAUGGGGCUGUUUUUUGUUAUUUUGGGAUAUUGGGGGAGAUGAUAGCAGGCUUUUGACGCAUCCCAUGGUGCUUUUCUGGACUGUGUCAGCUUCACCGAAAAAAGGAACGGGACAGGGAGAAUGAGCAGCAACAGCACAAAAAGAAGGAACGGAAGACCUGUCAGAGGCACGGCAGGAGAAAGGAGGCAAGUUUGUGAGUGUGCGAGAAUAGGAGGGGGACAUCACACUCUGGGAAAACAUGUGAAAGUGGGCAAGCGAGGGAACGAGGCUCGGUCGCUUCCUCCCGCGGCUCAAAGUGAAGCCAAGCGCGAAAGAGCUGCUUCUGAUCAUCGUCACCCCCCGUCCAAGCCAAAGCCAAGAGAAGUAGAGUGAUGGUGUUUAUGUUUUGUCUCUUGGCAAAAUAUUAUUUUAACACAAACAUAGCUAGUACCAUGAACACAUUUUUUUCGCUCCUCUUCCCUAGCUCUCGCUCGCUCUUCCACCAGAGUUGGCAGCUAUGUAGAACCCAGGGGGCUUCGGAUGACAGUAAUGACCCUCGCUGCUCUCCUUCUACGUAGAUGUUGGAGAGGAACAAAUGAACACAUGGACGUGGUGUGUAAACGUUUGUCUCUCCCAAAGCACAAACCAAACGCUCCUCUAACAGCAUUCCAGGGUGUUGAGGGUCGAGGGAGAGCCCGUACAGAAGGACGAGUGGGAAAAGGGAACAAUAGCAGAGCCGAGGACUUCAAGAUCAUUCGAUUCAUUAUAUCACAACUUGGUAUAAUUUUCGUUUGAGAAUGCAAUGGUGCCAUCAUUGAGAGACUGAUUUUUUUGUUGUUGAAAAGAUGAAUAGAGUAUAUGAGUGAUAUUUAUCCAUCAAGAGUAUAUCCAAAUAGAUUUAUUUAUCUUUAUGGUUGGGGCGUUUGUGACGUUUUCUUUUUUUUCUUUUUCUAAAUGUAUGAACUGUUUGUCUUUUUUUUAUUUUGUCUAUCUUUUUCACUGAAACUGAUUAUCGGCACGGGGAGGGAAGAGUUACUCUUGUGAAGUUUGUUUGUUUGUUUGUCAAAUUAUAUGCUGAUGUGCAACUGAUUUUGUUAGAUGCAAUGGUUUUUUUGUUUAACUUUGCUCGUUUGCAUUUAAAAUGCAAAUGCAAAUGUUUCUUUUUUUUUUCAUAGAGAGCCUUCAUUUGCUUUUUCAAAAUCAGCUGCACAGCUUCAGGCAACUAAGGCCUGUGAGCCAUGUGAAAAAGGCAUGUUUACACGAUGCAAUGUUAUUGAAUGAUCAAGCUGUGUAACCCAAUGAGUUGUAGAUCUUUUUUUUUUUUUUAAUAAUUGUGCGUGAUCUCCUGAGUGGAUUUCAGCAUGCAUGCAAUGUAAAAGACUAGUAAAAGAGAGCUAUGAAAGUAUGAGAAAAAAAAAAACAUUUGAAAGUGUUGCACCUUGAUUUAUGAAGACAAGCGGGAGAGUGGUAGACUGAAGGAUUUUUGGUUGUGAAUUACAGAAUAUAGGGCAGCAUGGUGGAGUAGUGGUUAACACUUAUGCUGCACAGUCGACAGGUUCUGGAUUUGAGCCUGGAUGAAGGAGUAAAAAAUUCUGUUCAAGCUUCCUGUGCGGAGUUUUAUAUUGGCUUGCAUUGGUUUUCUCCAUUGGUUGCUCCGGCUUCCUCCAACAUUCCAAAACAUGCAUUCUAGUUCAGUUGAAAACUGUAAAUUUCCCAUAGGUGUAAAUGUGAAUGAUUGUCGAUAUGUGCCCUGUGAUUGGCAGGUGACCAGUCCAGGGUGUACUACGCCUCUCACCCAAAGUCAGGUGGGACAUUUUCCAGCUCUCCCACAACUCUAAUGGGGACAAGCAGAAUAGAAAAUGGAUGGAUGGAUAGAAUUAUACGUUCCCAGACACACAUACUCAGUUAACACACUGAGCCUACGAAACAAGAUAUACUGGAGGUAUGAAAAAUAUCAUUCUGAUAUAACGCAGUAUAUUGCACUUGUGGAAAAACAUAAAAUGGGCUUGGAUAGAUUUGACCUCUUCAUCUGUUAGGAAUAAGCUUCAAGAGGUGGCGCAAACAAAAUGGCACAAAUAUCUUUUUACUGAUUCUGGUGCAGUAACAAAGAAACCUCAUCACCGUGGUGAUAUCACUUAUGACCAGACAAAUGACAAAAAAAAUCCCACAUUGCAAACAACAACAAAGAGCAGCUGAGGCCAGGCAUCAGUUUCAAGAACUGUAUACUACAACUCAGCAUACUAUGGUAUUGUCUGAUGCUUUUACAGAUUUAGAUUUACAAAUUAGGUGUGGGCCACAAAGACAUGACUGUUAAUGUAAUGAUUUUGAAUAUUCCUAAACGUAAGGACACACACACAACAGAUUAAUAACUACUAGAUGCAAGACCAUAUAACAAAUAUUUUGAGGAAAUGUUAGUUAGUGCUGUCAAUCUCCCCAUGCUACAUAUCGCUUUUAUUUCCAAUGAGACACAACUGAUACAGUGGAACCUUUCAUGUUGAUCUCCGAUUCAUUUGGAUUUGUAAUUAUAUUUCCCAUAGGAAAUAACAGAAAUGGAAAUAAUUCAAGCCCUCCCCAAAAAACAUAAAACACUGCCUUGAGUUUGGUAACAAGUGAUGAUGUGUAUGGAAAAGCUGGAGUGUGAUUGUGUAAAUUCUGAUAUAUAUUCUUCUCCUAUUGCGUUGAAUUUGAUUUAGGAAUUCAGGAAGUGUUUCUAAAAAGGGCGGCACGGUGGCCGACUGGUUAGCACAUCUGCCUCACAGUUCUGAGGACCAGGGUUCAAUCCCCGGCCCCGCCUGUGUGGAGUUUGCAUGUUCUCCCCGUGGCUGGGUGGGUUUUCUCCGGGCACUCCGGUUUCCUCCCACAUCCCAAAAACAUGCGUGGUAGAUUGAUUAAAAACUCAAAAUUGUGCGUAGGUGUGAAUGUGAGUGUGAAUGGUUGUUUGUUUCUAUGUGCCCUGCGAUCAGGGUGUACCCCGCCUCCUGCCCGAAGAUAGCUGGGAUAGGCUCCAGCAAGCCCGCGACCAGCGUGAGGAUAAGUGGUGAAGAAAAUGCAUGGAUGGAUGUUUCUAAAAAGCCAAAGAAAAAACUAAACACGUACAUACUUUCUUCUUUGAUACUGAUUGAUCGGAGCAAUAUCAUGCAUAAUGGCAGGUUGAACUCCAAAGUUCUGUGAGAAUUUAGAGGGAAACAGCCUGUUAUUUAGGUUCCACUGUAUUUCCAUUCGGUUUCAAGAGGGCUCCGAUACAAGACUGUCUGUCAAGCUCAAACCUUACAGGGUCAUUAGGGCAGAUACAGUAAAUGACCAAGCUGAAUUGGAGCCAAACUGAUCCAUUACUGUAGUGGUGACCUACAUUGCAUUACCUCUGCAAACUGAAGUGCUUUAUUCUUGCCUUCUGCUUCUAUUUUCACAUCAAAACAGUAAACUAACAAUGUGAGUAUAUAUUGCAAAGCACAUAUUAUUUAGUUUCCUCUUUAUUCUAUUAGAAUGGGAACAUAAAAAUGGUAAAAUGUCCAUUCUUGUACUUCUGUCAGCCACUAAAAAUAGUUUUCAUUAUAUUAAUGGAACAAAAAAAUCCUUUUUGUAAAAACAGAAACAAAAAAACAACAACAAAUGAUGAAGUCAACAUCCAUCAACCAACAUCCAUUAAAAUUAAGACUGCAGGCUAAGAGCUCUUAUUACAGUUUAAAUCUGUGUCAUAACAUAAUAUGGCUUUCACAUGUCAACAAGCACAAGCUCCACUGUGUCUUGGAGCGACAAGAACAAAGGAUGAAGCCGACAAAAUCCCCAUAAAAUCUCUGUUCUCUACUCACUCCCACCGUCAUAAUCUCUCUGAUUCUUCCUGGUGAUUAUCCCCAGAUUUAGACUCUUCCAAGCAUCUUCUAUGCUCCUCAUUUGGGAUUGAUGUGUUCCACUGUAUGCGCUGGGCAGAUACACUGACACGACACUCCAGAAUACCUAAUAAUAGAGUUGGAGUCUUGGCUUCUUCCUCAGUUAGCGCUUGCACUUGUAGAAAAAGGCUUAUCACUGACCCUUGAGCCUUAAGGCCAAGCCAAUGUCCUGUACCAUGCGCACUCGCUACCCAGAACUGAUCUCAUCUCCACCACAAGGGUCAGUGCGUGUGUUACACCUAUUUUAGAGGAUGGUGGACACACGUUAAACUUGUUUGUCUAAAAUCCCGUCAGUGUGUGGUUGUAGAACGACAUACAGGACAAAUGGGUUCAUUUAGAACACAUGACUCCUCACAGGCAACACGACAGUCAGCAGUCCAUCACUACCCAAGGCAGGCAAAUUUCUUCCAACAUUCCACUACUCUCCACAGUCUCCACUUUUCUAUUUGUCAAUGUGAAAUUAUGCAGCUUUGUUUGUUCUCUUUUGCUUAUCUUUUUGACUUGUGGGUUCAUUUUGUUGUCUGUUGCUCUUUUUGUGUGGUAAGAUGUCAAAAAAAAAGAAAGUUUUUGUAUGUAAAAGAUCAAAAGAUACAAAUAUCAACAAGAGUAGAGAGCCUAAAAGAAAAUAUGUUAUAUUGCCUCCCAUGCCAAAGUGAUAUGCAAAAUUUGAUUUGUUUUUUUAACUGCAUGUGUAAUGGAUAGAUUAAGCAUGCUUCUGUUUUCUUCCACAAUAACUUUGAAGUACGUUUUUUUUAGCAAGCUGUUGCGUCUCAAUGCCAAGUGUGUAUAUAAAUGACCAAGGUUUUCAGACAGUACAGAGACACAAUACCAACUCAGUGAUUGUAGUUCAACAGACACCCAAAAGAUUUUGAUAACCUCAACACAGUCAACCUUUUUACCUUAGGAUACACAUGAAAAUACCUUUAAACAUAUUGUAGAAGAGGUUCUGCUUUAUACGCCAAUAAGUCCAGCAAAACGCAGGGUAUACAAAGCAGAUCAGACCAUUCCAGGGUUAAGAUCCCAGCACGUCUAAUCAAAAUACAAUUUUAAAACUUUUAAUGUUGAAUACCGUGAAAUUUCUGUGAAAUAAUUUUGCAAAAUGAUUGUUUCAGUGGCGGCACGGUGGCCGACUGGUUAGAGCGUCAGCCUCACAGUUCUGAGGACCCGGGUUCAAUCCCCGGCCCCGACUGUGUGGAGUUUGCAUGUUCUCCCCGUGCCUGCGUGGGUUUUCUCCGGGCACUCCGGUUUCCUCCCUCAUCCCAAAAAACAUGCAUAAAUUGGAGACUCUAAAUUGCCCGUAGGUGUGACUGUGAGUGCGAAUGGUUGUCUGUUUGUAUGUGCCCUGUGAUUGGCUGGCAACCAGUUCAGGGUGUACCCCGCCUCCUGCCCGAUGACAGCUGGGAUAGGCUCCAGCACGCCCGCGACCCUAGUGAGGAUAAGCGGCUCAGAAAAUGGAUGGAUGGAUGGAUGGAUUGUUUCAGUCCAACAGACUCAGGAAAUAAAGUAUUUGUGAUCUUUGGAAACGGAAAUCACUUUUAUAGAAACAAUCAAGUAAGCGUACUUUCCGUUUGCCAUCUUAUACUUGGGAGUCUAGUAACGAUAAUGAAGAAUGAUUCAUGGUCUACUGGUGCUACUGAGGUUAGACUUCACCAAAAUUCGGACAUCAAUGUAGACCUAAUCAUUGGUUUUCCUAUUUACAAGUGCAAAGUAGAUGUCCAUAAAAUCAUGCUCUUUGUCUUGACUGUUCCAAAUUACUAACAACACAAACACUCAUUUUAUAGUACACUGACAAACAAUCAGAUUCCUCAGGAAAUCAGCAUGUUUCAUUAGGGCAGAGGUGCACUCAGCUAACAUAUUCCUUUUUAAAACACUGCUAAAAGAACCUUAAAGCUGUGUUUCCACCAAGUAGUUCAACUUUUUUUUUUUUACCAUAAUAAAAAGUUGUGAAAACAUACCACACCACCGUUUUUUUUUGUUGUUUUUUUUUUUUUAACUAACUCCCAUUUGGGUGUGGUAUCUAAAGUGUGUAGCUUGACACAUUGCAGUCUGUGAGAGACUCAAGUAAUAAUUGGAGUUGUAAGGAAUGGAUGGGCUAUUCCCAAACAAACUUUUCUUCUUUUUGUCAUAAACAGCUACUUCCCAAGAAUAAUGAACACAAAACGCUGGGUGUCCUCCAUUGUUUUGCUGUGUCACAUUCCUUUUUUAUGUUGAAUACACCGACAGGUUGCAUGUGCCGCACUGUUGUUACGUAACAAUAUUUACUUCAAAAUUGUACUGUGACAAGCAGAACAGAACUGCACUGAUUGGUGGAAAGGUGGCAUAAGAUAAAUAUAGGAACUAGAUUGUCAGAUCCCCACUUGUACAUUGAAGGGCUUCUGACUUGAUACAAACUUUAAAAAAAAAAAAGCCAUAACUUAAUCAAAUAUAUUUAACUUUGCAGCAUUUAAGACAAAUCACUUUCAUAUGUAAAACAAGAUAGCUUAUUAACGAUUUUGUUACUAUAAUGUGAAAAAAGUAAUUUAAAGCACUAUACUGAUGAGUCUGAACUGUGGGCCAGAUUAGAUCCAUUUCAGCAUUCACUGUUCACUAAUCUAUGACAGUAACAAUCGUGAUUACUUCAUCUAAUUAGUGAGUGAAAGAUUCCAGCACAGUGGAUUUGAUUGAGCACCUCUGUGCCACACUGACUCAUGCUCAUGAACUGGAUGGUGACCUGCUUGUCCUUUCAAUUUCAUGAAAUGACUUGGCGAUGUUCAUUUGUACAAUACACAAAUCCAAGUGAAGAAAUGAAACAUUUUACCACAAGGCCACAUACUCCAAGUCCAUGUCGAUUUGUGCUUGGACUAUUACUGUGCAUGCGAGCACACUAUGGGAGCGGCUUCUCUCGAGGAGUGUGAAAAGUGCAGUAUUAGCCAAUAUUUUGGCAUCCCACAGGUCAUCAAUAUUUAAUAUGACAUGAUGAAAAGAUUAAAACAAAUCAAGCCCUUCAAAUGUGAGCAUAGGUUUUGUUACCAUUAUGUGCGACACAUGUACAGAGUUUAAAAAGGUUCAAGAAAAAGUGUGACCAUGAAUCAAACAUACAAAAAAAAACAUUCUUUGUGCUCUCCGUAAAAAUCUCCUGGACUGCAGAUUCCAAGGUGUACUGUACCUGAAGAACCUUAAAGGUUUACUGUAUAUUUCUGACUGAUGUUCUGUAUGUAAAGACUGAAUUAAACCUUGAAUGUUACAUCA